AGUCUCCGUUUUAGAGUUAAUUCCUGAAAUUUUAACUUUGACACUAUAGGCUAUGCAUCUGCAUUCUGUGCGUAAAUACCAUCCAUAGAUGAGCCUAAAUGUAAUUUUCUGUAAAUAUCAACUCUCAAGCUAAAAUAUGGCUGAGCCUUUACGAAACAAACGUUCGCAAAGUGACGAUUUAAGUGAAAUUCCUAAAGCAAAAAUAUCAAAAACUAGUGUGGAGGAAACAGAAGAAAACACCGCUUCAAAAAAAUUCGAAAUUGAACCUGAAAUUGUAGAAAAUCAGCAGAAUAAGUCAACUAUAUCGGGCCAGGAGAAUAAAACAGUCCCUGUAACACCUUUAGAAACUUCUGAGGAAAAUAGUGAACCUUCUACAAGUAAAGCUAAACCAGAAGAGGCAAAAGAAGGGUUCUGCUUCAAGUGCAAGCUAUCCUAUAGGGACAAAAACCCACUACUUCUUGGAUGUUUACACACGUUUUGUUCAAGGUGUAUUUUGACAAAUGAAUAUUUUAAACUUAAUGCUGCCCCAAGUACACCAAAUCAACCUCAGAAACAGCCCGACGGUUCACAAAAGCCAACAACUUCUACUGAAAAUCAUGUUGGAGAAGAGAAUCAAAAAGCUCUGCCAGAAGAAGGCUGCUCAAGUAUAAAUGACCUGAAAAAGCAUGCAUAUUCAAACCAAAUCUCUCUCUCAAAGUUGAUCGUAACUUGUCCUCAGUGUGGCUGCAACAGCCAAGCUAGGGUAGUGACAAACAAUUUGUUUGUUCUAAAGGAAAAAGACCCAACAGAAACCACAAUUCGUUAUUGCACAAACUGUGAAGAAUCUGCUAUUGCUGUUCGCCAUUGUGAAGAAUGUGAAGAAGACCUCUGUGAACAAUGUGUCACCGCUCACAAGCGUGUAAAGCUGACUAAGGAACAUAUUCUGAAGUCUAUACUUGAUACUGAACUAGAAUCUGCACCAAAUCCUCAUAACUACUGUAGCAAACACUGCACCGAGCAAUUGAAGUUAUUUUGUGAGACCUGUAACCAACUUACAUGCAGAGAUUGCCAGCUUGAAUUUCAUAGAGACCAUAAGUACCAAUUUGUCCAAGAAGCAGCAAACAGUUUAAGAAAAGUGAUGCAAACUAUGAGUCAAAAACUAGACGAAAAGAAUGCUUAUCUAAAACAAACGACAGUUAAUGUCAAAGCUACACUGGAUAAAGUGAACAAAAGGAAUGAAGAAGUCACGCAAGAUGUGCUUAAGUUUCAUAAUCAGUUACAGGAACUAAUUACAAACAAAUCGCAAUUUUUUCUCCGAAAAAUUGAUGAUAUAACAACGCAACGACGAAAUAAAUUGACAACACAGCUUGCCAUGACAGAUAGAUUAAAUAGGGCAGUUGAACACUGUAUCAGCUUUAUUAAUCAAGCAAUGGAUGAUAGAAAUGGAACUGCAUUGUUACAUUCCAAGCAAGUCGUUAUGGAAUACUUGACAGCUGUGAUGCGACAGAAGUUUGGUACAAACCCUGCUUCAUCCAACCAUCUUUAUUUCCAAUCUGAUCCUUCCAUACUGGCUACCAUCACUUCCAAAAUGGGCUCUCUUUUCUGGGGUUAUCCUGCCGUAAACGUACAGAAACAAAUGGAAACACAAAACCUAUCAAGUCCACAGCGUCACACAAUGCACCACAGAGGGAUCCCUCCACAAAGCUUUCAACCUGCUAAUGCUGGUGCACAAAGGAAACCUGAAGGAAUGAACCACGUUCAACACCCUCGUAAUUCUACUUCGCUAGAUAAACUGCUAACUUCUACUUCUAAUGCUCAGUCCUAUUACCAGAAUCACCAACAAAAGCAACAGAAUGACUACACACGAAGAAUGGAAGCACAAGACAGCCAACAGCAGUUAUUGCGCAAUCAGCACAUGCAUGGUAUGAAGCCAACUACGCCAUUACAUAACCAAAGACCUCCAGUACCCCAGUCUUCUAGUCAUAGUCGAAUGCCUCCACACCCUCCUACAACAAUGCAUUUACCUGGCUACCAAUCUAACUCGCAAUACAUAAGGCCAACCAGGGUAAACAUGGGAAUGGGCCAACCACAAACUAGCAACAUCAAUAUGAACUCAAAUGGACGACAAGAUAAUUAUAACCAACGUAGGGGUGGGGUCAAUCUGAAUAUUAGUCCAGUCAAUCAUUCUAUACCUCAUCAACAACCUCAGCAACAACAACCUCAACAACAACAUCAACAACAACAACAUCAACAACAGCAAUAUAACAUGGGAAAUAUGAAUCGUAUGAAGCCUUUUGUAUCUCGGGCUUCUGUUGCAAAUAUGAAGCAAACUGCAGUUAAUCAUGGUCCUAUAGAGAGAUCCCAUAGCCAUAAUGCAAUGCAUGAACAUGACCCUCCAACAUUACAUUCCCCUUUAAAACCGAACCUUACUGUCACCCCACCACCCCACCCCUCAUUCAUGGGGGAAGUCGCUUCCAUGGUGAACAAUGAUGUCAUCCCAGUGCUACAGAUGCCAACAUUAAACGAGAAGAAGCAAGACCCUCCACACCAGUCUCCAGAGAGCAUUACACACGCAGUACAAUCACCCAGCUUAUCAAGUGCUGAUAGCGGCUUCGAAACUGGAUUAAACCGGAAUAAUGACCAGAACAAUUUGCCGAAACCUGACACAGAAGAUCAUCUCUCACCCCCUCCUCUCCUCGACUUCUCCGAACUCAUCAAGCAAGAAGCAAUCGAAGAGGAUGAAGACAUGAAAUACUUUGAUGAUAAACAUGAAACCAGUGUUGAAGAAAUGGUAAUGUCUUUGGCUCAAGAGCAACAAAAAGAAAUCCCAAAAACUUUGACAACCCCAACUACUAGUCCUAAUACUAAAGCUAAAAUGGGUGAAACUUCCCAUUUUUCCGAAUGGAACAAUUUUACCGAAAACAACAUGAGAAAAUAUGAUCCAAAUGAAGAUUGGUGUGGUGUAUGCAACAAUGGUGGCGACUUACUAUGUUGCGACAGCUGCCCCAAAGUAUUCCAUGUUCAUUGUCAUGUACCUGAGAUACUGGCUGCUCCUCCUGGUAUAUGGCAAUGUAUGUUAUGUCGGGACUUGGAUGCAGCAGUGGAGAUGGAGAUGGGACCUGGUAAGAGGAAGCGGGUCAUGGGUUUACAAGGAAAACCAUUGAAGUUGUGCGAGCGUAUCUUGCUUGAAUUAUUCUGCCAUUCAAAGAGUUCCCCGUUUCAUUUUCCCGUCAAAAACUCAGUUCCGAAUUAUUACAAACUCAUAAAGGAGCCGAUGGACUUCCUGAAAAUCAAAAAAAAGCUUCAGCCUGGGAACUUUCAGCAUUAUGCUGGCUGUGAAAAGUUUUUAUCAGAUGUCUAUCUUGUGUUUACUAACUGCUACCUUUUUAACGGGGAAGACACCAGUCUUGGUCGAGCUGCCAAAGAAGUUCAAAAAUAUUUUUAUGAACGUGUCCAAUUAUGGCUGCCAUUUUUGAAGUUGAACUUAGACCGUUUGGAAGAAGACCAACGACAAAUAAUUACCGAGGCAGUUAAUAAACAAGUAGUAGCAAACGAAAAACCCAAGCCCACAUCAACGGACAAAUCCAAGCCACACAUUCCAUACGAACACGACUCGCCUUGGAAACCAGGACAAGACGAAACAGAAGAGGCAAGUUUCAGUUACAAACUGUAAUACACCCACGGACGAUGACGUCAUUGAAAGUACGCCGUCGAGUGACGUCAGCGAGGAACAAACAGACCUCACUGACGAAUCUCGACGAAGAAAACAAAGCAAAAGUGGAAUUGUGCACAUUAAGUGAUCUAAGGACAUUUGCCGAAACAUGUAUCAAAAAUCGACCUAUAUUUUCACAACACUAAAUUUUAUUAAGACGCACUUUUCUAUAUUUUGGUUCUGUGAAGCCGUAUCUAUAUUUUGUCACAAACUACACAUUUUACCAUUUGCCCGUUGUUGUUAUAUUAUUUGCAGUUAAAGCGUUUAUUUGUUUUCUACCAAAUGUUUCUUAAAUAUAUAUCGCCAUUGCUGCUUAAAACUACGCC